AUGUCUACUUUCUUAGAAAAGUUGGCAGGUAUUGUCCUACCUAUUGAUCAUUUUGGCUCUCAUUUUAAUUCUAAUGGCAUUAUUGAAAAUACAAAUCUUGCAAAGCAAAAUUUUCAUUAUGCUGAAGUAAUUGUUGAAUAUGUUGAUGAACAAAUCGACCUUUUUAUUUUAUAUGUAUCUUGGGCUAAAUAG